AUGGCUUCCCGCUGUACACUCCCCUACUUUUGCCCCCGCUCAAGCCUCCCCGCGGGCGCAGACCUACCUUCGGUAGCCGAAAUCCUCGCGUCAAAGGAGGUUAUAUCAGACCCGCGCAGCACCAACAAAGUAGUCCGUGUGAACGACCACUUUGCCGUCAAGUAUGGAAGGGAGAGUGCCCGCCUUCGGGAGGGCGAGAAUCAGCUUUCCGUCCAGCAAUCCAGCCGCGUCCGUGUGCCGACCGUUUAUGCCAUCUACCACGACGAGAAAACCAAAUUGAACUUCCUCGUCCAAGACUUACGCGCAAUCCCGGAGCAGGGCUACUACGGUGGACUAUGGCGGCAGCCGAUUCUGGACCCCUACUUGACAGCGGUGACUAAGCCUGACGAUCUGCCCGACAGCACCAUCGUAGCGCCGAAAGAGACCGAAGAGGAGUGGGUUGAAGCCUUGUGGAAGUGUUACCGACAAACAAUCCACUAUCAAGUGUCAGAAGGCCGUCCGUUCUACUCGCCUCACAUCCGUCGCCAAUACCAUCGCGCCUUCAGCGGCCACAGCCCCACUUUCACCCACAGCGACUUCAACCCCUCAAACGUCAUGGUUCGAGAUGACGAUAAGAGCGUGUUAAUCAUCGACUGGGAAUAUGCAGGGUGGUACCCAACUUUCUGGGAAUAUUGCACCACCAUGUUGUUUCUCAGCUUCGAGGACGACUUAUGCGAGUGGAUUCCAAAUAUUUUCGACUACCAUUAUACUACCGAGUAUGGUUGGAUGACGCACUUCAGAGCUGCAAUGUCAAUGCAUUUUCGAAGCUUGUAG